CCGAUCCAGUCCCUCGUCGCCACGGCAAAGGCCCGCCUGCUCGCCUCCGACCUGACGAGCACGUCCCUCGUCGACUCUUCUUCUAUAGCGACGUUUCCGCCCGACAUUGAUUCGGCAAACGUGGCGGAGACGAAACUGACGCAGAACAUUCACGUGCAGGUCUUGGAUGUGGAGAAUCUGAGUGCGAGUCGGUGGGAGCAGGUUGAGGAGCUGGAGGCCAUUGAGAGGGGGGAGAGGACGAGGGGGAGGCAGGUGAUACGGGUUACGGCUGAGGAGGAGGAGGAUGAGUCUAAUGAGGCUGAUGGCUCUUCUACUACGACACAAGCUUCUUCUUCCACUACUCGUGGUGGUGGUAGCGGGACGUCUUCGGGGGGAGCCAACGCCGUUCAUCGAUUGGUCCUGCAGGAUAGACGGGGGAAACGAGUGUACGCGGUCGAGCUGAAGCGCAUCAAUGGCAUUGCGGUUGGCAAGACGCUCAUCGGGGAGAAGAUGAUGCUGAGGGCGGGCGCGGUGGUGGCCCGGGGCACGGUGCUGCUGGCGCCGGAGACGUGUGUGUUGCUGGGGGGCAAGGUAGAUGCGUGGCAUGAGGCUUGGGCCGAGGGGAGGCUGGCGAGGUUG